AUGGCCAUGAACUUCGCACCCUACCAAUCGUCCCCACCCGAAAGCGAACGCGCCAAAUCACCACCACCAGCCCGCUCACCUACCGCCUCACCCAAACCCCAACACUCCCGCCAGAACAGUCGCAACAUCGCCUCAAUAGCAGACCAAUCCGACCCCUGGGCCGCAGCCCGCAAUCAACGCCUCCCCAACCCCUCCGCCUACGAGGACCUCGACGGCGAAGGCCCCCAACCCUACAACACCCGCUACAACGACUACAUCGGCUCCGCCGCUCUUGAAGGAGGCGGCGCAACGACCUCAAAUUACCGCCAAGGAAUCUCAGUCUUCGAGACAAGUCUAGGCCUACCGCUGAACAUCGAGGCGGCGUUGGCGUACCUUGUGCUGCCGCCUGCUGGGGGAGUGGUGCUGUUGUUGUUUGAGCAUAAGAGUGAUUAUGUACGCUUUCAUGCGUGGCAGAGUGCGCUGUUGUUCUCGGGAAUGUUCCUGGUGCAUGUCAUAUUCAGCUGGACGAGAGUCAUAAGUUAUAUGUUGUUGGUGGGAGAUUUGGUCCUGAUAGCAUGGUUGGCGUAUGGAGCGUUCAAAAAUGCUGACACGCUGGACAGGGUGGAGGUGCCGGUGCUGGGACGGUUGGCGAGUAGUUUUGUGGAUGAUGAGUGA